UUUAUACUUUAAUACGUUUACAUUAAAAUAUAGUUAUUAAUUGAAUAUAGCUGUUUUGUUUAAAACUUCCAAUAAACAAUACCAGAAAUUUAAAAAUCAAGAUUUUUAGGUUAGUUUUCAACUUUCAAUACAUUUUGAAUAAAUUUCGAACCAUAAUAUAAUUAUCCUGCGCGCAUAAAAUUGCAGGCGCAGGAGAAUUGAUCUGUUUUUGCAGUGAAAAUGUGAGUGAGUCCAGUAAGGAACGGUUUGUACAAAUAAAACUUUACAUCUGGCUCAUAUAAUGUUAUGGAAAUGUCUCAAUUUACUAUCAUUAUUUGUUGUUUACACGGAGCCCAGAGGUCCACAUCAUCCUAGAGGCGAAAAUAUUGUAAAAAGACAUGUUCAUUACACUCCUAGUAAAAAUGCUAAUGAAAAAUUAACUGAAGAUAUGCAGUUGCUACAUGAUAAGGAACACAUACAGGAACACUUGGAAGAUUUAAUUCCCGACCCGGAUUUUUCAAAAAUGUCCGACGCAGAAUUAGAGUUCUACUAUUUUCAAGUACACGAUAGCGAUAAAAAUUCAAAAUUAGAUGGAUUGGAAUUGUUACAAGCUAUUCUUCAUACUGAUGAAAAUUAUGGGUACCAAGAUGAUGAUGAGGAGCACGUACAACACGAUGAUUCUCCAGAUUUUAAUUAUUAUGUUGAAUUAAUCGAUCAAGUAUUAGAAGAAGAUGACGUCGAUCACGACGGUUAUCUGAGUUACUCAGAGUACGUUUCACAAAGACGACUGCAAAAUAAAAACGCCGUUAAGAAAACGACAAGAUAGUAGCUUCAAAAUUCCAAUUAAUAAAGUGUUUAUAUUAA